AUGGAGGACGACUUCACCGCGAUCCCCAUCCUUGACCUAUCGCUUGCGCGGUCGCCUACGACCAAGCCGCAGUUCCUGGCCGAGCUGCGAAACGCCCUAGUAUGCGUGGGCUUCCUCUACGUCCGGAACCACUCGCUCCCGGAACAGGUGCAGCAAGAGGCUUUGCAGCGUUCCAUGGCCUUCUUCGACCUGCCGCUCGAUAAGAAGCUCGAAAUGGAAACCGUGCACAGCAAGCACUUUCUCGGUUACAACAGGAUAGACGCCGAGAGGACGGGGGCAGAGAUCGAUCAUAACGAAUCUAUUGCAAUUGGUCCGAACCUCCCUGCUCCGGGCCCCGAGGAUCCCGUCUAUCUCAACCUGCAAGGCCCGAGCCAGUGGCCCGACGAGACUGCGCUUCCCGGCUUCCGCAGCGCCCUCGAAGGCUAUCUCUCCGCCGUGCAAGACCUGGCUGCAGACUUUACAGUUCUGGUUGCCGAGGCACUGGACCUGGCAUCCACCUCGCUGACUAGGCUCUUUGACGAUUCUCCGUUCAGCCGCUUAAAGGUGAUGAGAUACCCGCCGCCCUCGGAGCAGACGACGGCAGCAUGGGGCCGUCGAGGCGUAGGGCCCCACAAGGACGGCGUCUUUAUGACAUACCUACUGCAGGGAGGGGAGCACGAGUGCCUCGAGGUGCAGAAUAAGUCAGGCGCAUGGAUCCCGGUUCCUCCUAUCCCAGGGACUCUAGUGAUUAACAUCGGCCGUCUGCUCGAGACGCUGACGGCUGGGGUCUGCACAGCGACGACCCAUCGUGUCCAUUUAAGGCCAGAAGGCUUUAUAGACCGGAGCGGGAAGUCGUUAGGGCCCCGUAUAUCGAUUCCCUUUUUCCAACACGUGAACCUGCGUCUGAUGCCCGAGGACCUGCUCCUGGACAUCCCCCCCCCUAUCGCCAACCUGGUCAAGGGCGAGAAGGUAGUAUCGGAUGCAGAUACCUUCUUCUCGGGACUCUUUAAUAGCUGCGCUGGCGAUACUAUCUUCGUUAACAUGUUGACGAGCUACCAGGACGUAGCGAGGAAGUGGUUUCCGGACUUACUGCCCCUAGCGCUGAAGAAACAGUCCGAGGCCAAGCAAUUAGACCAGCAGCAAGAGACGGUCGGGUGA